AUGACCAUUAGAAAUACUCUCCGGGAUCAUGGACAGAGGUAUCGACCACGGAUGGCUUGUCUCAAGAAGGCAGAGAAGGUGCUGCUGGAGAUGCAGGACCCCAAAACAGGAGUCAAGUCACAGCCUCAGAGACUGGUUAUCACAACAAUACCACAUGCUAUUACUGGUGAAGACAUAAUUGCAUGGUUAGCAGACAGAUUUCAAACAGACACACAAGAGGCGAGGAAUUUUGGCUCUAUGCUGGUGGCGUUAGGUUACAUCUACCCUCUACAAGACCACAAACGCUUAGUGAUCAAACCAGAUGCAUCCCUCUAUCGCUUCCAGACACCGUACUUCUGGCCCACACAGCAGUGGCCUGUUGAGGAUACAGAUUAUGCAAUCUACCUGGCGAAAAGAAACAUACGGAAGAAAGGAAUCCUGGAGCUGCACGAGCAGGAGCAGUAUAACCGUCUUCACAAGUGGAUGAAUCAUAAAUGGGAUUUCAUAGUGAUGCAAGCUAAAGAACAGUACAGAGCUGCAAAGGAGAGGAAGAAACCAGACCGUGUGGUUUUUGACUGCCAGGAGAGAGCCUACUGGGUGGUUCACAGGCCUCCGCCAGGAAAGGUGAGUGCCAUGGACUAUGGACUGGAUCGACGAAUAGAUCCUAACGCUGACGAGGCAAAAACCCCUGACUUCUUCGAGAGAAUUAUGAUCUUUACGCAGCAGUCGAUCAUGAGGCCCAGAGUGAAGUCAUCUGUGUCCAUUGGCGCACUGGUGAAAUACUGCGCCACCUACAACAGCCACGACCCUUUCCUCUCCAAGUGUCUUCCCAGCAACCCCUGGCUCACCGAUGACAUCACAUAUUGGACUUUGAACAUGCCCAAUGUGGAAAUACCAACUAAAAUGCGUGUGGAGAGAUGGACGUUCAGCUUCGGAGAGCUGCUCUCAGACCCUCGGGGACGAGAUGAUUUCAGACUGUUCCUGAAGAAAGAAUUCAGCGGUGAGAACUUGGCAUUCUGGGAAGGUUGUGAGGAUCUGAAGUGGGGCACAGCUGCGACGAUGAGAGAGAAAGCAGAGCAGAUCUAUAAGGCCUUCCUGGCCCGCGGUGCACCACGGUGGAUCAACAUCGACGGAAAGACAAUGGAAGUCACAGUCAGUGGCCUGAAACACCCACACAGAUACGUCCUGGACGCAGCCCAAACCCACAUCUACAUGCUCAUGAAGAAGGACUCAUACGGGCGGUACAUGAAAUCUCCAGUCUUUAAGGAUACAAUGAAGAAGGCCAUCUGUCCUGAGGAGCACAAGUUCUCUGAUUCCCAGUUGGAGCAGAAUGCGAAGAACAGACGGCCCAGUCUCAGCCCCAUCAUCCUCCGGCAGCAGGAGCAGGAGCAGAGGGCAAAGAUGGCAGCCAGUGCCCCCGUUGACAUCACACAGGUCAUGAGCAAACUCAGCAAGCAGGGCAAGGAGGUUCCCCCUCGUCCUCCUCCUAAGAAAUGAACGCAAACGUGAUCAGUGUUGUAGGAGCUUUAGAUACUAACAGUCAGGGUUUGGAUCAGUUGAAAUUUUAUUGAAUUUUUAAAAUGUAUUUAUCUAAAAAGAAGCUGUAGUUAAUUUGUUUAUAAUGAUAAUAUCUACAUUUUGAUGCCAUUUAGCUUCAGUUUAAAGCUGCUAGAAUAAAUAUUUUUAUUAUAACAAUGGAUCAAACGGCUAAGUGUAAACUGAGAAGAGCUGCUCGUACUGUAAUUGCAAACUCACAGAGAGUUAUCACUCAAAUGUAGCCCCCUCCAGUUCUAUGGAGCUUUUUAGUGUCUUUUCAGCUCAUUGUUUUGGUUUUCAGCGAAAAUGCUCCCAAAACCAAAGUUAAGGAGUCGCUGGUGAACAACAUAACACCAACAGACAACAGUUUGCAAAUAAGUUCAGCAUAUUAACCUGAAACAGUUGGUUUCUGCUGCCCACAAGUGGACAAAAACUAAGCUGUUGCAGGUUUAGUGGUAUUCAAACAUACACAGGCUUAUAGUACACAUCCUCACUCAUGUCCAAGAAUCACAAAGAUCUAGUUCCAGUGUGACAUUUUUUGUGCUGCAGAAGUCUUUGCUUUUUUUUUUUUUUUAAAAGCUAAAUGGAAAGUGAUGUGGGAAUGGGAACAUGCAAUACUGAAAACUCAAUAUAGUUGCACUGUAUUAAAACCACUGUUAAACAGGCACAUUAGGUUGUAGAGGUAUAUACAUAGUAAACUAAAAUGAGGGCCAGUUACACCUUAUAGAAAAAUGUUGCAAUCCUUCCCACUUCUCUCUUUUGGUUUGAAGUGCUGCAAAUAGUUUUGGUUUCACAUGUAUUUUCCCAGGUUUUUAAUAUUUACCCCUGAGACUUCUGAGGGUGUUUCUGCUCCACAAAUUAAAUGUAUUUACCUGGCAAACGUCUCAGUGCCAAAUACAGCAAAACCUGAACUAACAAAACCACCAUGAGAAGUAAAGUGUUGUGAUUUGGGUGAACUGAGCCUUUAAACACACUAAAUUACACACACAAGUCAUGUUCAGUGCGAAGAGAGGACAAAUGACAAUGUGGAGACAUCUGUUACCAUCUGGUGCAUUUCUGUCCGAACAAGCUGUAACUGGUGUGUGUCAUGCUGUUUCUCAUAAUACAUGUGUUGUACUGUCCAUCUCCACUCAUACAGUGUUCUGUACUGUUACUGUGUGUUUUCUCCGUCAUCAGUCAUAAGCU